AUGAGGCGGGCAGCGCCGCCGCAGGACCUGCUGACGCAGGCCGCGCGGCGGACCUUCGAGGUCGCCUACGGCGAGUCCCGGUCGAGGCGGGGCCAGCUCGCCGCCACCGCCCAGCUGCGCACCACGGGCCUGCAGGGCUCGGCCGUGGUCGGCGGCCUGCGGGAGGCGGAGCUCGGCCCCGCGGCCAUGGAGGUAGCGCUCGCGGCCCUGCAGAACGCGGCCCCGCUGGCCAUGGGCCCCGAGGGUGGCCCCGCCGGGGAUCGCCCCCCCGCGGCCGGCGGUGCCAGCUGGCGCGGACAGGCCGCGACGAAGCACUGGGGGGAGCUCGUGUACAGCUGGUCGCCGCUCCCAAUCGGCCUCAUCGUCGUGUUCGCGGCGAGCCCCAUGGAGCAGGAGGACGGCGCCCAG